AUGCCGACAGGGCCAUGCUCAGUUCAGCUCAUCUCGACCAGCGUUCGUGGCACCGUUGAGCGCGACGGAGCAGAUAAGAGCGCAUCCGCUGCAUAUCCUCAGUACUGGAGGCAUGGCUGCAGCAUGGGAGAGCAACAGCUCUGGUCCCAAGCAGUUGAUCCCCAGCCGCGUCUUGUGUGCCGUAUACGGAGUACACAGCACCGCACGCCGAGCGGAGAUGAUGUUGAAAGAGGGCGGCGGGAAGCAGGUACCGACAGUCUGGAGAGAGUUUUUUCCCAGCCCAAGGACGAGGACGAGCCUUCGUGGACAGCAGCGCAAAGCCUAUAUUACGGUGAAACUCGGCGAUACUCAGUGAGGCGUGGUGAGGCUGGUGUUUGUUUGGUUGUCCUGAGUCGUAGUGCUGCCAUGAUGGGUGAGCUGUCCGUCAACGUGAUCGAGCUUCGCUGA